AUGGGUAAGAAACCACACCGAGACCAGAAGAUCAAGCGAGCGCUUAUUCAACCACGACCUGCAUCGCUGAGCCAGCGUGUGCGUGAACUUGGCCAUGACAUUCACGGGGUGGAUGAUGCUGGUAGAGAGUACGGCAGCCUAUCAGAACUUUGGCUAAUACAAGGGCAGCAGCGUGACAAGUUUUACAAAGUGAAUGCAGAUUGGUGGGUGAAAGGCUACGAAGGCCGUGUGUCUCUUGAGGGCACGAUGAUCGGCGAUGAGGCGAGCGAGGAGGACGUCUUGCAUUCCCAAGACUUUCUUCGCAAAGCAUUGAGCCUCGCAUGCUUCGCAUCGGAGGAGGGCUUGACUCAGCCUUGCUCGGCUCUGGACUGCGGUGCUGGCAUUGGAAGGGUCACGAAGCACGUGCUUCUCCCGGCGGUCUGUGGCAAUGUCACUCUUGUGGAUCAGUCCUUGAAGUGGUUGCAGACUGCUCAGAAGUAUUUGGCACACGCAAAAGAUCGCUGUCAUUUUGUUCACUGUCGGCUGGAGAAUUUCCAGCCAUCCGCCAAGUUUGAUAUAAUUUGGAUACAGUGGACGUUGCAGUACUUGAUCGACGAGGAUGCUGUGUACCUUUUGCAGCAUGUGGCGGCUGGAUUGACGCAACAAGGAAUCAUAGUUCUGAAGGAGAACAAUUUGUCCCAAGACUCAGUUUCAUUUCACAUGGACACCCCUGGAAAAGAGGGUCGCUUUGACAUAACGCGCUCACCCAAGCAUCUAAGCGUCCUUGUUGAGUUGGCAGGGCUUAAAGUAUCUCACAUGGAGCUCUGGGAUGAAUGCAGCUGCUGGGUGCUUGUCUAUCCAGAUGAGGGCCCAGAUUAA